UUUCCCACGUCUAGUAUGAGGUAUUACCUGUUAUAUUGGGAAUAGUUAAAAAUAUGUUAUACAAUUAUACUAUAGGACAAGUUAUUAAUUAAAAACAAAAGAUCUAAUACAACUACGUACUUGUACAAGUUACUAAUCUCCAUCUAUAUCUAUAUUAUUGCUAAUUCUAUUCAGGUUUUGUACAUUCAUUGAAUUUCUGUUUAGAUGUGACGGUUUUUCGAAUUGUUAUCUUCUCUUAGUUUUCAUUUCAAUUGUUGGCAGUUAUUGUGGACUUAGAUUUUAUUUAGGUUAUCUUAUAUAGACGCUUUCAACGCUACAGAACAUUUUACACGAAAUGAACUAUUUAUACAAUAAAGAUAAUCGGGAUAGUGAAUUUACUCAACAAUUUGUACGUUUAUGUAAAUUAUUACCUCAAAUGACAAAUGUCAAACCAACAUCAUCAUCAUCAUCGUCGUCUAUGCAAACAAUCGGUAAUAAAACUGAUAUUCUAAAUUUACUACGAUUUUAUAAACAAACUAAUAAACAAUGGUUACAACCAAAGAAAUCCAUCGAAUUGAAUACAAAUUUACAUGUUGGUCUACAUGAUUCAUUAGUUCAUUUAAUUCAUAAUGAUGAUGAUAAUAAUGAUUAUGCCGACAUAACUAGUGCAACAACAUUUAAUGAAGCUAUUUUCAAAGCAUCUAUUGAAUGUUAAAAUGCUGAUACACUACCUAAGCAUCGUCAACUUUACUGGAUUGAAUUAUUUGAAAGAGUAUGAGGAAGGCAGUAAAGGAAAAUCAAUUUAAAGGAGAAAAUAAAGUUUAACUAAAAUCAUACAUCUAAAGAU